AUCACAUUAAAAGUAAACGAUUACUCUUUCCAUCCGAUUGACGUAAAGAUAUGGUCGGCUGGUGAACAGCUAGACAAAUUUAGUGUUGUGACGUUGACGAUGCGUGGACGUUGGAAACUCUUUACCUUUUAUAAAUUAAUUUUACUUUAAUACCUACCCCCUAAAAUGUUUUACUAUUAGAGUAAAUGAGUCGGAAUUCACUUGAAUCUUGGUCCUUUUUAUUCAUAUUAGGUGGUGAUUUCUAGACCGGAGGCGGAACUAUAAUAUCGAAUGUUGUGAUUACUCUCUAUAAGAUUGAUACAAUGCACAUUACUUUUUGCGUUAUAAUCCUCUUUCAAAUUAUCCUGUUAAAUUUUCACGUUCUGGCAGCCCCUAAAACUGCAAGAACACCAAGACCACCAAAAAAAUCCCCGGCCAAAAUCAAGGAGAGGUUGCUCAAGUUCAACAUCAUCCCUGAUAUUAUACCCUCUGUUGGUUGUCCUAGACAUGAAAUCCAGGUAGUUUGGCCCAAAGCAAGAGCUGAACUAGGGAAUCCUAUUCCAUCCGUAUACACAAUGACACAGCCUGAAGUUUCUUGGCCUGCAAGGCAAGGGCAAUACUACACUUUACUUAUGGUUGAUCCAGACAGAGAUAAAGGUACCAAAUUUAAGGAUCAUGAAUUCCAAUGUUGGUUGAUUGGCAAUAUCCCUGGCGGCAAUGUAUCAGCUGGAAAAAAAUUAACUGACUACAUUCCUCCUAUCAAGCCUAAAUCUUUAGAUCAUCAUCGUUUCGUAUUUUUCAUUUUUAAACAUGCGAAUAAGACAACUUUAACAUACGACGAGCCACGAUUGAUUUCAGAGUAAGUAGAGCGGAAAAAAAAACUUCCUGUCAUUUUUGACUGAUAAUUCUAAUUUUAGAACUUGGUCUUUUGCAUACAAGAGACACAGCCAAUUGAAUCCUCUUUUUACGGAAAAAUUCGCUCGAAAGUCACGCUGGGUACAUCAAAAAAAUCUGAAGUCCGCUCUUUAGUGCGCAAUCUGCGUAAUUUGUAACACGCGUUUUCAAAUUUCCCGCGUCCGGGAGCAGUUUUUCUCAGUCGGCGUCGACUAGGUUUGCACAGGCAGGAGUCAAAAAGGAGUAAACAUACGAUUUCUUUAACUUUAUCUAGUGUAUGUAUGACUUCAUUACGAGGGUAUGUAUCCUUUUCCUCCCUUUAGUUUG